GUGUAAUGCUGUUUUCUGACGGAUUACACUGUAACAUCUCAGUAGCCCAGUCACAUACAUUAUUCUCAACAUCAGAAGAACGACAGAUGCAAACCAUGAGAUGGCCUUCAGGGGUAAAGUGGCCGACACGAGGACAGUGCUUGUGCACAUGCUGCUGUGCCUCGUCAUAUUCUACUCUCUCUACUACAUGAUUGGGAGUGUGUGUUUCGGCGCGUUCAGGUUGGAUCACUUUGAUGGACUUAUUCCCUUUGACUUUAAGACUGAACCAACCGAUUUGGAGUCCAACUCCAAAUACCUGGUGAACCUGCUGUCCAUGGAGUUGACCUAUUUCUGCAGUGGUCUGCUGUUUGCAGCCGUGGUGAGGAGAUGGGUCUGGGACUACGCUCUCACAGUCACACUACUGCACGUACUACUCACCAGCCUGGUGAUGUUGGAGUUUCCCUUGGUAUGGCAGUGGUGGCUGGCCCUUGGCAGCGGGUUGUUUCUGAUGAUCUGUAACGGUCAGCUGAUAGCUUACUUCACCUGCCAGAGUGACCAGAGUUACCCCACCUUCAACAGCUACUGAGUACACACACACACACACACACUGACUAGAGUUCUUUGCAGUGAGUCCAGUGGAAAUGGAGGGAAACCAAAUGUUCUUGUUGACUUGGUUACCUGUUUGAUUGUUGCACAUUGUUUCUGUUGGACCAGCUUCCCAGACACCAAUUGAGCCAAGUGAUUCUCCAAUGAUCAAGCUUUUGAGUCCAGGAAACAGCUCGUAUAUGUCAUAUCUGUAGUAUGUCAUAUCUGUAGUAUGUAAUACCUGUAGUAUGUAAUAUGGGUGGUAUGUAAUAUCUCUGGUGUGUAAUAUCUGUAGUAUGUAAUAUCUGUGUUCUCUAUGAAUGUUAAUCUUAUGUCAGACAAUGUUAAUCAUGUAAUUUAUCAUCUUAGAACUAUUAAACCAGCUGUAACCUCGCA